GUUUUGUGUAUCUAGUUUCAAUAAUCGACUAAUUUUUGUUGUUCAUGUAAACUAGCAGGUAUUUCCAAGUAACAAAGCAUGUAGUAGUAACCCAAGUUGAAUUUGAUAUUGAGGUUUGUCAUAAUUUUCCUCUGCAUUUGUUCGAGAACCAGACCGAAGCAAUCCAGUCGAGAAUUGGAGUUCGGAGUGCAUAGUCUUGAACUACUUGACUAAUGACUAACAGGGUCUGGAAUUACAAUGGAAGCCGUGUCAGAACAUGAGACCCGUCUAGUACAAGAGCUUCGGAAACGCACCUCAGAUUUAAAUCUGGCUCAGGAAUAUGUAAAGGACAAAAACCUGGUGAGAUUUUUGAGAGCUCGAAGACAAAGCAUUACUCCAGCAGAACAAAUGCUACGCAAGAACCACGUCUGGCUCAAGGAGAACGACGUGGAUGCUAUCGUCUCGAAACCUGAUCCUCCCGGCUGGGGUGUCAACGGUCUUUUUCCCUGGCACAUUUGCGGUUUUGACAAGAACGAUAAUCCAGUGAUCGUCCUAAAAUUCGGGGCUUGGGACGUCAAGUCCGUCGUCUCUAACCAACGCGAAGACUUUAUGUCAUAUGCGAUUAAAACUAUGGAACUAUGUGCUCGAUCAUGUGCCCAUUCGACUCGCGAGAAAUCUUGGAUGGGCCAAUUAGUUGGCAUCUAUGACUUCAAGGAUCUCUCAUUUUCGCAAAUGAGAUGUUUCGAAGUGAUCCAGAUUACGAUGCAGGCGUCGCAACUUUUUGACAGCAAUUACCCCGAAUUGUUGGGGAGGGGAUUUGUGGUGAAUGCUCCCAUGACUUUUCAGAUUUUAUGGAAAUUGAUCUGUCCCGUCAUGGACGACAAGACGGCGAGAAAAAUUACCGUGCUUGGUUCGGAUACCGACAUUAUGAGAAACGAAAUUGGAAAGUAUGUCCCAUUUGCAGAAUUUCCUAAAAUGUAUGGUGGUGAUGGGGAUAACGAUUUAAAGAUAAUCGUCGCACCGGAUGGAUCACCAAUAAGAUUGUCAAAGAUGUAAUAAUCUGUAUAAAGAUAAAGUUAAUUGUGUGAAUAAAAUGAAAAUCAUUCAUUUUUUUGUAAUUCUUGAGAA